CCAAGUUAGAGCCAACUCCUGUGGUCGAGGGAGAGAUGUUAACCGUCCGGUGCGAUGCCAUUGGGAAUCCGAUUCCCACUAUAAGUAUGUUUAUUAACGGAAUAUUGGCUAAAACCGAAGAAACGCGACAUUUGGUCCACAAAUUAGAUUAUAUUCAGAGAAAUCUGACGUCCAUUUCAUGUCAGGCAACAAAUGCAGAAACAAUUCAUAAUCAGUCGGUAUUUCCCGCACAAAGUCAUGUCGAAGUGAGGGUCAGAUUCGCGCCUACAAUAAAAAUCGACAAUAAGUUAAAUAUCGCCUCCAAAUAUGGCUCAAUUCAAUUGAAAUGCGAAUAUUCUGGUAAUCCUGAGCCAAAAGUGCAGCUCUUUAGAGAUCUCAGGAAUAAAGCUGAGCUCAAGAGUGGAGUGAAUACACAAAUCAAUUUAAUUCCUCACUCAACGAAACCUUCGACGUGGGUCUCAACGGUGACCAUCAAUCGUGUGACGGAAUCAGAUGCGGGUCAAUACGUUUGUAUCGCACAG